AUGCUUCCUGAGGACAUUCAAAAAGAGCUUGACAAGAUAACCGCACGGGCCACAUCACGUGGAUAUACCCGCGAGUACCAGGAUAGGCGAGAGCGGGAGGAGAAUACAAUAUCCUAUAAGGAGCUCGCCCCAGCUACACUCCAGAACUAUGAGAAGAGUGCAAAAAACUGGAUUCUAUGGAGGCUUUCUCGGGGUGAAGCGACCGACACCAACUUUCGCAAAGAUCAGCCAAUUCCAACACCACAAGUUCUAAAAUCAUUUGUUGAGUACUAUGUGGUAACAAGAGAGAAAAUCCCCACGCAGAGCUCCACAUGCCAGAACUUCAUCAAAUUCACAUCUCAAUGGGAACGAAAAACUUCUUGUUCUAUCUCAAAGGAGGUCAAGGACGAUGUUCUGAAUUAUAUCAGGACUGAGUUGACAAGUAAAUGGAAGCUUCCAACAAAGCCACGAGAACGAUUUAUGGUAACAGCCAAGGACAUGGACUAUCUUAUUCGAGGUCUUUUUAAUGACGAUUGGCAUGAUUACAAACAUGAGAGAGCUCGUAUCCAGACCGCGAGUGCACUUGCAUUGUUUUUCCAUGGGGUCGCAGAUGGGGCAUUUAAGGGCCUCACAACAGUGGCAGAGGUUCUCUCUAUGAGGCCUCCCAAGGGACGCGAGUCACUCACCCUUGAGUGGAACGAGGACAAAAAGGAAUUGCCUUUCUUGCGGAUGAUCAAUCAUGACGGCCCCCAAGGAAGCAGAGCGCUGACAUUCUCUGCUCUGAGGCACAGCUUCUCAAGCCUGGCGCAACGAAUGUGUUUCAGGGAUAAACUACGUGUGCACGGAAUCCGUGGAGGUGUUGCUAAUCGCAUUGACCCCAAGGCAUCUGAAGCAGCUCGUGGUCAGGCUCUCGACCAUCAAAACCACAGUACAUUCCUCAAGUACCAGUCAGUGCUGAAGUCUGUCGACAUCCAGUCAGCAUUCUAUGAUAUAGAACCUGACUACGAAUGCCGCGAUAUGGAGCAGAGUCUUGCUCAUCACAGAGAUAUCAAUAUGCCUCAGAGAUUAGACGCGGCCGCAAUCACAGAGUUUACAGAGUCAGAAGAGGUCCAAUCUCUAAUCCAGAGAAUACGACAUCUAACAUCUGAAAUUUCUGGGAAGCCACAUCUACACGAGCACCUUGCAAAAGAGCGAUCGCAGCUCUAUACGAGGAAGGCAAAGCUACUAGCGGCUCGGAAGAGCGAGUUUAUCCAGGAGUGGUGGAACUCCUCUUAUGAGGAAUAUGUCUCUGGAAAUGAAUUCACAGAGCGUGACAGAACGUCAUUGUUCGAGAUCUACAAAAAGUAUCUCCCAGAGCGCACCAGAGUUAGAGAGGCCUUAUUUACAGAGACAACAAUGGAUAGCGAGAUUGGCAGAGCAUGUCUUGAAGAUAUGGUUACCCUCUUAUUCCGAAACAGGGAAGAGCGAAGCAUAUAUUACAAUGCCACAGACGAUCCCUUGGCGGAGCAAAUUACCAACAACGCUACACAAAUAAUAAGCGAGCCCAUCGGCGUGUUCCCCGCAAAUUUGUUGAAUUUUGUUAUCUCUGCGCAAAAAUAUUUUGCGAGGAAGAAGAAUGGAUUGCCCACUGUCGAGACCAUCUCAAUCAUCUUCACCCUCGAUGCGGAAGUUUGA